GGACAGCAGCUGCGAGCAGUCAGGAAACGAGCCGGAGCAGCCGGAUAGCCCGGAUAGAUCGAUCAAUAGUCGGUCAGGGAGUAGAGGCGCAACGGCUUGAGACUAACUAGCUCACAGACACUGCGUACAGAGGGGUCUAAUAUACAAGGAACGCCGGCGGUGCAACUAAAGAAGAGGAGAAAGGGAUGGGCGAGAAAGGGAGUGGAGGUGGAGGGUGAGAUGGGAGGGAGGGCGGAAAAUCGGUAGGGCGCGGAUGGAGGAAAGCGCCUCGUGAAAAUCAAGCAUAUGCCGGAUCGAGGGGAGGAUUUGCUAUUCAUGGUAUAGUCGCAAGAACGAACGCCUUGACGAUGGAGCCAGGGCGAAAAAACUCUCCGCUUGGGCCAAACUUGCUUGAUUUCUCGAGUCAUCAUUUCACAUCCAACAAGGACCGGCCCUGGCACCGUCCAAUCAGUGGCCAUAAACAGAGUCGGCUCAACCGGCAACUCCCGCAGCUUCAAGGAUGGUUGCAAGAGUUCCCACAACUACCCAGAGAGGUAGUCAUCCUGAAUGCGCAGUUGAGAGCUUGGGUCUCAGUUGACAGGGGGCAGUGCUUGCAGUCCCUGAUUGUGGCCCUCGUGGCAUGGCCGUUGUUACCGUGGGGAGCCGAACAUCCAGGUACAAGCUUGGGCAUUGGGAGGUUGCAACCGAUUCAGUCCAGCAUAACAUUUCUAAGGAAAGUGGAUCAUCGCAGCCAAACGAACAAAAAUUCGGGUGGCUUGGCUCUUCAGCCUUGCCUCGCUUGACAUCCCUGCCAUCAGCACGGCCGAAUCACCUGAUCGCCUCGCGUGCCUGAG